GGAUGGUGGGGAUGGGGUGAAGGUUCCAGAAUUCUCAACAGAGUUAGAUCAGGGAGGCACCGUCUUCGUCUUCCCAGCAUUUCUUUUCUCAGAGCUCCGGGUAUUCUGCGUGAGGGCAGCACGGCUAGGGCAGGGUUUCUCAGCGCAGGGGACGUGGCGGCCCUCCGGGCUCUGCGGGUACUGAGCAGCAUCCCUGGCUUCCGCCCAUGCCAUGCCAGAAGCUGCCCCCCAACUCUUAACAGCUACACGUGUCCCAGACACUGCUAGGUGUCUGCUGGGGGCAGACCCGCCCCCAGGUGAGAACCACUGGCCUGCCCAUAGGGUGUGGGUUUCAGGGUCCAACAGACUUGGGCUCUGCUCCCCUUCCUUGCUGGGUGACAUUGGGCAGGCCAGUCAACCUCUCUGAGCCCGAUAUUUGGUCCCCAAAACGGUGAAGAUCCCAGAACUCACCUCCCAAGUCUUUAGUGUGCAAUAAAUGUGAUUAUACACGGCCUGGGGCAGCUGAUAAAUUCCACAUCCCAGGGCCUGGCACGAGUUGAAAAGAACCUCGGAAUUCCUCGACCAAGUGAACCCAUCUCGUGUUGGGUUUCUCGUCUCUCAGCCUCACUUGUUUUUAUGGAGCACAAGUGACAGGGGUCUGGGGAGACGAGGAUGACGUCAAGUGCUGGGAUUUCCCCAGACGCAGGUUCUAAACACAGGCAGUCCCGGUGCACGUGCGUUUGGGGUGGAUACAGGGGCAGUCGGUCUCCUUCCUCCCAUCUGCACACGCCUGGGGUCCCCGCUGGGCCCAGGCUGCGGGCCGACUCUGUGUUGAAGGUGGUUGUCAAAGCUGGAGGCCCGGGGGACGCUGCAGGAGGCACUCAUGGAACCGAGGGUGGCAUGCUCUUUCCCCAGCAGCCCCCACUUACAGGGACACUUGCCUCGCCUGGGCCAGCUGCCCGAUGUCCAUUUUGGGGGAUUCCCCCCGCCCCCGAACGUGGGUAGGACCCCCGAGCCUCACCACACGCACACGUCCCCAUCUGCCAUCACUGCGCCCCUUGUGUCUCUGGUGGACACCAGGGCGGGCGCCGGGUCCCCACCCUCGAAGCACAGGCUGAGACAAAGAUCACACACAGCUCUUCCACUCGGCCUUGACAAGUGACUGUGCCAGGAGGCCUGGGGCUGUUUGCUGGAGGCGUCGGGGUGGCCGAGGCGCCCCGCCGAUUGGUGGAAGGAAGGUGUAGGUGGGCCUGAGUAAAGUGGCCUGGAAUCCGCUUUCAUCUCCCAGCUGUGUAAACUUGGCACUGGGUGGAAAAAGGCGGCACACGCUGGCUCCACUCACCUGCUCCGGCCCAGCCCCAGCGCAGUCCGGGCUCUGAGCACCGAGCCUGCCUAGAAGCUCAAGCUAAAGAUCACAGCCACGUCUAGAAGAUUCCUAGAAGUUCCUCCCAAUGCUUCAUUUCAUCUCCCACCUCCUGGGUCGCACUUCUGCUUCCUGGGCCGUCUGUGGCGAUCAGAGCUUCUCGCUGAAUUCCGAGGGGGCCCAGAGGAUGGCGGCCACCACCGGGGCCCCAGUGGCCGACCGGGGCGACGCGGUGGACAUGGACGAGCCGGCGUCCCGCUUCCAGGUGCAGAAGCACUCCUGGGAGGGGCUGCGGAACAUCAUCCACGGCAGCCGCAAGUACUCGGGGCUCAUCGUCAACAAGGCGCCCCACGACUUCCAGUUCGUGCAGAAGACGGACGAGUCGGGCCCCCACUCGCACCGCCUCUACUACCUAGGAAUGCCUUAUGGUAGCCGAGAAAACUCCCUGCUCUACUCCGAGAUUCCCAAGAAAGUCCGGAAGGAGGCUCUGCUGCUCCUGUCCUGGAAGCAGAUGCUGGAUCACUUCCAGGCCACGCCCCACCACGGCGUCUACUCGAGGGAGGAGGAGCUGCUGCGGGAGCGGAAGCGCCUGGGCGUCUUCGGCAUCACGUCCUACGACUUCCACAGCGAGAGCGGCCUCUUCCUCUUCCAGGCCAGCAACAGCCUCUUCCACUGCCGCGACGGGGGCAAGAACGGCUUCAUGGUGUCCCCCAUGAAACCCCUGGAAAUCAAGACCCAGUGCUCCGGGCCCCGGAUGGACCCCAAAAUCUGCCCUGCCGACCCUGCCUUCUUCUCCUUCAUCAACAACAACGACCUGUGGGUGGCCAACAUCGAGACGGGCGAGGAGCGGCGGCUCACCUUCUGCCACCAAGGGCUAUCCAACGUCCUGGAGGACCCCAAGUCUGCGGGCGUGGCCACCUUUGUCAUUCAGGAAGAGUUUGACCGCUUCACCGGGUACUGGUGGUGCCCCACAGCCUCCUGGGAAGGUUCCGAGGGUGUGACCACACUGCGGAUGCUGUACGAGGAGGUGGACGAGUCCGAGGUCGAGGUCAUCCACGUGCCCUCUCCUGCACUGGAGGAAAGGAAGACCGACUCGUACCGGUACCCCCGGACAGGCAGCAAGAAUCCCAGGAUCGCGCUGAAACUGGCCGAGUUCCAGACUGACAGUCAGGGCAAGAUCGUGUCCAGCCAGGAGAAAGAGCUGGUGCAGCCCUUCAGCGUGCUGUUCCCGACGGUGGAGUACGUCGCCAGGGCUGGCUGGACGCGAGACGGCAAGUAUGCCUGGGCCAUGUUCCUGGACCGGCCGCAGCAGCGGCUCCAGCUGGUCCUCCUUCCCCCGGCCCUGUUCAUCCCGGCCACCGAGAACGAGGAGCAGCGGCUGGCCUUCGCCAAAGCCGUCCCCAAGAACGUCCAGCCGUACGUGGUGUACGAAGAGGUCACCAACGUCUGGAUCAACGUCCACGACAUCUUCUACCCCUUCCCGCAGUCAGAGGGGGACGAGGAGCUCUGCUUCCUCCGCGCCAACGAGUGCAAGACCGGCUUCUGCCACUUGUACAAAGUCACUGCCGUUUUAAAACCCAAGGGCUACGACUGGAGCGAGCCCUUCGCCCCCGGGGAAGAUGAAUUUAAGUGCCCCAUCGCGGAGGAGAUCGCCCUGACCAGCGGCGAAUGGGAGGUUUUGGCAAGGCACGGCUCCAAGAUCUGGGUCAACGAGGAGACCAAGCUGGUGUACUUCCAAGGCACAAAGGACACGCCGCUGGAGCACCACCUCUACGUGGUCAGCUACGAGUCUGCCGGGGAGAUCGUGCGCCUCACCACGCCCGGCUUCUCCCACAGCUGCUCCAUGAGCCAGAACUUCGACAUGUUCAUCAGCCACUACAGCAGCGUGAGCACGCCGCCCUGCGUGCACGUCUACAAGCUGAGCGGCCCCGACGAUGACCCCCUGCAUAAGCAGCCACGGUUCUGGGCCAGCAUGAUGGAGGCCGCCAGCUGCCCCCCGGACUACGUGCCCCCGGAAAUCUUCCACUUCCACACGCGCGCGGACGUGCGGCUCUACGGCAUGAUCUACAAGCCGCACGCCGUGCAGCCGGGCAAGAAGCACCCCACCGUCCUCUUUGUGUACGGAGGCCCGCAGGUGCAGCUGGUGAAUAACUCCUUCAAGGGCAUCAAGUACUUGCGGCUCAACACGCUGGCGUCGCUGGGCUACGCCGUGGUCGUGAUCGACGGCAGGGGCUCAUGUCAGCGGGGGCUGCGCUUCGAGGGGGCCCUAAAGAACCAGAUGGGCCAGGUGGAGAUCGAGGACCAGGUGGAGGGCUUGCAGUUCGUGGCUGAGAAGUACGGCUUCAUCGACCUGAGCCGCGUCGCCAUCCACGGCUGGUCCUACGGGGGCUUCCUCUCGCUCAUGGGGCUGAUCCACAAGCCCCAGGUGUUCAAGGUGGCCAUCGCGGGCGCUCCAGUCACGGUCUGGAUGGCCUACGACACAGGGUACACGGAGCGCUACAUGGACGUGCCAGAGAACAACCAGCACGGCUACGAGGCGGGUUCCGUGGCCCUGCACGUGGAGAAGCUGCCCAACGAGCCCAACCGCCUGCUCAUCCUCCACGGCUUCCUGGAUGAAAACGUGCACUUUUUCCACACAAACUUCCUCGUCUCGCAGCUGAUCCGAGCGGGAAAACCUUACCAGCUCCAGAUCUACCCCAACGAGAGACACAGUAUUCGCUGCCCGGAGUCGGGCGAGCACUACGAAGUCACGCUGCUGCACUUUCUGCAAGAAUACCUCUGAGCCCGCCGCGCCGCCUCGGCUGCCUGCCCGCCGCCCGGAGCCGUCACAGCAGAGCACAAGUGGCUUCGAGGCCGCCACCACCACCCGGGGACCAGGCGGGAGGGACCGAGUGGCCCCACGGGCCCGGACGGGACGCCUCUCCUACCCCGCUGGCCAGCCCUGCUGCCCCGAGGAGCCGCCGCCUUCGCCACCCUGACGCCUUUUAUCGUUUUCUUACUGCUCCUGGGUUUUGCCUGCUACUGCUUGGUGGCCAGGACAGAGAGAUGGUGGCCGGUCCCUCCGAGGCUUGGCCUCGGCCAUCGCACCUUCUGCAAGGAGGAAGCCACCCGCCGCUGGGCACGGGGAAAGCCAGAGCUCAGGCCACCCCGGCCAGAAGAGACUCGGAGGAGCGGAGCACCCUCCACCUGUGGCUCCCGGUGGCCCUCGGUCUCCUGACCCGGCCAGCCACCGUCCCCAGCACAGAAGCAUGCAAUUGCCUGUCCUCCCCACCAGCCCCCCACUUCAUGUUUGUGGUUUGUUUUAGGGGGUGUUUUUCAUAACUAUUUAAAAGACAGAAAGCAAGGGGUGCCUAUAUCUAGACUCGCUGUGGGGUUUCAACCCAGCCCCUGGUGAGCCCCAAAGCCCAAGCGGAGAGUCGGAGAGUCGUGAGGGCCCGGCAGGAGCGGCCAGGGCCUGCUGGGAGGACCGCACCCUCCCACGCCCGCCUCUCCCCCGAGCUUUCAGGCAGGGACUGAAACUCGUCGAGCUUCAGCGCUCUGCUGGUCAGCGGCCGCUGUCCCCUCCCCAGCCCAGCUGUCAGGCCACGUGUCUGUCCGGCCCAUGCCCACCAGGGGUUCCGGGGUUGGGAGUUGGAACCACCCCCACCUCAGGGUUAUACUGUCCCCUUCCUUUCCCUCCCACCAAGAGUUCUGCCAGCGGUGGGCCAAAAAAAAAAAAAAAAAAAAAAACAAGAAGAAGAAGAAAAAAAAUACAGAAACAAACCACCUCUACAUAUUAUGGAAAGAAAAUAUUUUUGUCAAUUCUUAUUCUUUUAUAAUUAUGCGUGUAAGAAGUAGACUCAUUAAACGAUUCCAGAUGGAAACGUG